CUUGCUCUGUCCACGUGGCCGUGGUGAAAGACUGAUGUGUAAGCAAGCAAGCCACCCCAAGCCAUGCAAAAUCCACUACACGACAAGAUUCCAUGCAGAAACACCAUCCCAUACCCCUUUCAUUUCACUCCCUUAACUCGAAACAGAAACCAUUCGCCACGUCCCACGCCAUGCAAUCAUCUCUAAUCACAGCAACCAACCAAGUAAGCACUCACCAUCUCUAUAAAGAUCGAGCUCUCUCGUCUUCCUUUUCCCAAACACACACACACACACACAACCAUGGCGUCCGUUCCUUCUCUUCUCUCGCUCUCGCUCUGCCUCCUCGUCCUCUCCCACGCCUGCUCCGCCCAGCUGGAGCAGGUCACCUCCCAGCACGGAUGGACACGUGUCCGCGGUGAGCAGCGGCGCGGAGAGGGCUACAGCCUCGACGAGUGCCAGUUCAGCCGCCUCAGCGCCAGGGAGCCCGACCGCCGCGUCACCUCCGAGGCCGGCGUCACCGACGUCUGGGACGAGAACGACGACCAGUUCCGCUGCGCCGGCGCCGCCGCACUCCGCCACACCAUCGAGGAGCGCGGCCUCCUCCUCCCUGCCUACACCAACGCCCCCAAGCUUGUCUACGUUGACCAAGGACAAGGAUACCACGGAGCGGCCAUCCCGGGGUGCGCCGAGACGUUCCAGUCGCAGGAGGAGUCGCAGCAGCAGCAGCAGGACCCGAGGCAAGGGUUCAGAGACCAGCACCAGAAGAUCAGGAAGGUCCGGGAGGGUGACAUCAUCGCCCUGCCGGCCGGAGUCGCCGACUGGUUCUACAACGACGCUCAGACUCCUCUUGUACUCGUUCAGAUCAUGGACACCAGCAACCCCGCCAACCAACUCGACAACAACUUCAGGAAAUUCUUCCUGGCGGGUAACCCGCAACAGCAAAUCCAAGGACAGAGAGGACAGUUCUCCGGACAGGGAUUCCAGAGGGGAGAGAGCCAGAGCCGCCGCGGCGGAUCUGGCAGCCAGGAGCAGCGUUCUGGCAACAUCUUCCAGGGCUUCGACGAGCAGUUCCUGGCGGAGGCGUUCAACGUGGACACCGACCUGGCGAGGAGGAUGAAGAACGAGAACGACAACAGGGGCGUCAUCGUCCGCGUCGAGGACCGGCUCCAGUUCCUGACCCCGGAGUUCAGCGAGGAAGAGCGGAGCGAGUACCAGAGAGGCAGACCCGCCAACGGGGUCGAGGAGACGUUCUGCUCCGCCAGGCUGAAGCAGAACAUCAACGACCCCUCACGCGCCGACGUGUACAACCCACGUGCUGGUCGCAUCACGUCGGUCAACAGCCACAACCUCCCCAUCCUCCGCUCCCUCCGCCUCAGCGCCCAGAAGGGACACCUCUACCAAAACGCCAUCAUGGCCCCACACUGGAACAUGAACGCGCACAGCAUCUGCUACUUCACCCGCGGGAGCGGGCGCGUGCAGAUCGUGGACGAGAACGGUCGGUCGGUGUUCGACGGGGAGGUGCGUGAGGGCCAGAUCCUGACGGCGCCGCACAACUUCGCUGUGGUGAAGCGUGCCGGAGGGGAAGGGCUGGAGUGGGUGGCGUUCAAGACCAAUGAUCAGGCCAAGAUCAGCCAGCUGGCAGGCCGGGUUUCGUCGAUGCGGGCGUUCCCCGAGGAGGUGAUCGCCAACUCCUUCCAGGUGUCUAGGGAGGAGGCGAGGAGGCUCAAGUUUAAUAGGGACGAGGUCACGCUGUUCAGCCCUGGGUCUCGUUCCCAGUACAGAGCCUGAAUCAAGUAAAAAAAGACAAUGUAACUUUGACGUAGAGAGUUGAAGUUUGGAAUAAAGGAAUCCCCGGCCCGAGUAGUAGUAUGUACAAGAAGAAAAAGGGUCAAAGGGGGUUCAAUGGAUCUUUUCCUUAGUUUCCUUGCAUGUAUGUUGUUAGUACAAUCCUUGCUAUGAACGAAUUGGUGUACCAAUUCGGGAAUGCUUGUAUGUUAUGAAGAUUGAAGAGUCUUAUAAGGAAGGACCCACUUUUUCUCUUCUCUAAUCUUUGUUCUAUCAUUUCGAAUUAUAAUGAUUUGAACUUGAAUUGUCUAUCGUCGAGUUAAAUGUUUUUAGAAAGUAAUAUCUAUUUUUUUUAAAUCUCCGCAAGUAUAGCAAAACCGGUCUUGAAAUUGGUCUCUUAGUGGAAUAAUUUACACAUAUUAAUAAAUCACGUUAAUCAGU